CAUCGUUAAUAUUUUUUACUAUAAUUUAAGUUAUAAAAAUAUACAAAAUAUAAAAAAUUAACAAUACAGUAUGACAUUACCUGGAAUUGGAGUGUUUGGUACAGGAAGUAUUGUUAGAAUAAUAAUUCCCUUUUUAAGAGAAAAAGGUUUUAGAAUUGAAGCUAUAUGGGGACGUACAUUAGCAGAAGUGUCAGAAGUUGCAACUGAUCUUGAAAUACCAUUUCAUACUAGUCGAAUUGAUGAUGUACUUCUUAGAAAAGAUGUUGAUUUAAUUUUUAUUAUGUGCUCACCUAGUUUGCAUGCACAAAUUGCAGUCAAAGCAUUAGGAAUAGGAAAACAUGUUGUAUGUGACAAACCUGCUGGUUUAAGUCAAAGUGAAGCCUUAAAAAUGGUACGAGCUGCACAAUAUUAUCCUUCCUUAAUAAGUAUUGUUAAUCAUAGUUUAAGAUUUUUACCAGCAUUUGUUCAUAUGAAGAAAGUUUUGGAAGAGGGAUAUUUAAAAGGUCCUGUAAAUGUUAUAGAAGUUAGAGUACACAUGGGUAGUUUGUUACAUAAUGGAUAUGAUUGGUUGUGUGAUGAUAUAAUGGGGGGAGGAAUUUUAGCUUUAGUUGGAAGUCAUGUAAUUGAUUUAAUCUUUCAUUUAAUUGGUCAACGUGCUUCAAGAGUACAUGCUGUAGUUCGAACUUUCACUCAAACUACAAAACAUAUAAGUGGAAUUAGGCAUGUAACAUCACCAGAUUUUUGUAGUUUUCAAAUGGAAUUGAAUGGUGGUACAUUGGUAACAACAACAUUAAGUAAUCAUUUACAAGGUCAACUUUCUCAAGAAGUAUUAAUAUGUGGAGGAGGUAAUCAUCUUCUUGCACGUGGUGGAGAUUUAUAUGGUUGUUGUAAUGGACAAGAAGAAAUAUUAUAUCAUGAUACAGAUGAUUUACAUGAUAUAUCAUUUCCUAUUGCUGACUCCAUUCCAAGACCAUAUAUCAAAGGAUUAAGGAAAAUGAUUGCUGCACUUAGAGAAGCUUUCCAAUCUGUUGAAGAUAAAAAAGGUUGGAUAAAAGAACCAGUAUUUUCUGCAUCAUCUUUUGAAGAUGGUUUAUAUGUACAAGCAGUUAUUGAUGCUUUACGACAAAGUAAUAAACGACGAGAAUGGGUAAAAGUUAAUAUUUUAACAGAAGAACCAGAUCCAAAUCCUUUAUUAAGUGCAGCUGUUAGAGCUACAGCUAUAUCUAUAUAAAAUAAUUAUUUUAUAUUAAU